UUCUGCACACAUCUUCUCAGCUGAUAGAGCAGGCAUCUUUGACUUUGACUGGGGAUAUUUGACAAAUGUUGAAGAAGGAGUGACCAGUUGACUUUUUUUUUCCAACUGAAAGGACUGAAAUAGUUUUGAAACUUUACUGACACACAAGCCAUGACAUUGCAAAGGUUUCCACUGGCCGUGUUGGUUGUGUGAUAUCGUUCAACAAGUGCAGAUUUUAUCCUGACUAAUAUACAGCUGUGCCAUCAAAAUGCAGAAGCAAGUGGAGGUCAGGAUGAGCGAGAGCCAAAUAGAUCCAAUCGUGGAGACUCCGGAGAAUCCAUGCAGCAAUAUCUGUGAAAAGAUAAUGAAGAACAUGGUUCUCACUCUCACAAUCCUUGGUGUGUUUCUUGGUUCCAUUGCUGGGAUGCUCCUACGGCACAUAUCACCCCUCCCUCCUGACGUUAUAAUGAUCAUUGCCUUCCCUGGAGAGAUCUUAAUGAGGAUGCUAAAAAUGCUUAUUUUGCCUCUUGUUGUUUCCAGUUUGGUCACAGGACUUGCCGGUUUGGAUGCCAAAUCCAGUGGUCGCUUAGGCUCAAGGGCGAUGAUAUACUACAUGUCAACGACAGUAAUAGCAGCCAUCCUCGGAGUGAUCUUGGUGCUGCUCAUCCAUCCAGGGAAUCCCAAACUGAGAGCUAAUCUCGGACAGGGAAAGAAGAACGACGAAGUCUCCAGCAUGGAUGCUUUCUUCGAUCUCAUUCGAAAUCUCUUCCCGGAGAAUCUGGUACAGGCCUGUUUCCAGCAGAUCCAGACGGUAACCACCAAAGUACCCGUGCCAACCAACAGGACGAGAGCUCCUCCACAGUUCACAGUUAAGAGGUCACUUCAGUUCAAGAGUGGGAUGAAUGUCCUAGGGCUGAUUGGAUUUUUUGUGGCUUUUGGAGUCAUCAUGGGGAAAAUGGGAGAGAAGGCCAAGCUGAUGUUGGAGUUUUUCAACGUUCUGAAUGAAAUUGUUAUGAAGCUUGUGGGUGCCAUUAUGUGGUAUUCUCCUCUUGGUAUCGGCUGCCUUAUCUGUGGAAAGAUAAUCUCCAUUGCUGACUUGGAGGUGGUUGCAAGGCAGCUUGGGAUGUACAUGGUGACUGUGAUAGUGGGCCUCCUCAUCCAUGGGGGCAUCUUCCUACCGCUGAUAUAUUUUGUAAUAGUAAAACAAAAUCCCUUCACCUUUUUUAUGGGAAUAUUUCAAGCCUGGGUCACAGCUCUUGGAACAGCAUCCAGUGCCGGUACUUUGCCCGUCACGUUCCGAUGCUUGGAGGAAAACCUGGGCAUCGACAAGAGAGUGACACGCUUUGUCCUCCCCGUGGGGGCCACCAUUAACAUGGACGGUACGGCCCUCUACGAGGCAGUGGCUGCCAUCUUCAUUGCUCAGAUGAAUGGUAUUGAGCUGGACUGGGGCCAGAUAAUCACUGUGAGCAUGACCGCCACCUUGGCCAGUGUUGGUGCUGCCAGUAUUCCCAGUGCAGGACUCGUGACCAUGCUGCUAAUUCUCACAGCAGUGGGGCUCCCCACUCAGGACAUCAGCCUCCUGGUCGCUGUGGACUGGCUGCUCGAUCGUUUCCGUACCUCAGUUAAUGUAGUUGGGGACUCCUACGGUGCGGGAAUUGUUUACCACCUUUCCAAAGACGAGCUUGACAUGUACGAUGCCCAACAGACCCGGAUGGAUGACUUUGAGAUGGCAAAGACUCAGUCUUUCUUUGAGAACAACACCAACCAGAAUGUGUAUGCUCACCACAACUCAAUCCUGAUUGACGACUGCAAGGUCAAAAACGGCAAAAACGGCAACCCUCCAGAGUUCUCUAUUGUUGAGGAGGAUCCGUGGAAUUUCAAGUAAUGCAGAUUCAGCACUUUAGCCUGAGUUUGACCGGCUUUCUCUUUCUGAGGAAACACAUUUAACAAAGAAAAAUAUAAAGAAAAGAGAAAAAAAAACAACUUAUGUGCAAGGACACAGAGAGCGGACAGAGACGACACAAAAUGGAAACGGCUCCUGCAACAACAAACUGUUGGCAAGUCUGCGAAGAGUUCUCUAUGUCUUCUGGGUAACCACUGGAGGACGCUGGGCUUUAGCAUCUUAAAUCUGAUCUUGCUUCUGGAAGUUUAUGCAUUCACACAAACUGGAAUGGACUUGUGCGCUUCAAGCAAUCCUUUAGAUGAGUCAGAGUUGGCUGACGACACUCAGGACCUUACUCAGGGUUGCUGCAUUCUUCCUGUCCUGUCGAGAGUAAACUUUGCUUUGCAAUGACUGAUUUCUAUUGUUGCGUAUAAGAACUUGAUCCACGAUCGAACGGACAAAGACGUGAAAUUGUUGGAAAUAUCGCCUUGGCAGUCAAGAUUGAAACAAUGAAUCAGAAUGAAGUAAGACAAAUGUCGGAGGAAUCCAAGACUCAGUGUUAUAUGUCUGACAUUCCCAUCUGUGUAAUUUUCAUUGCUGUUUUGUACUGAACUAAAAGAUUGUUGUGUUUAGUCUUUUUCACUUGGUCCGUUAACUUUGAUCCAACCAAAAGAUGAAAAAAGAAACAUAAAUUAAAUAAAACCCGACUUCUGCUGGCAUUAAAUUUAAAGUACCGGACUGUACAGGAUUGCAUUACCUCUGACUGUUUGAUUUAUGGGAUUAGACCUUUACGCACGUGGUCAAGCCUAAGAAGCGAAGCUUAAGACUUAAGACGGGGAGUGGCUUCUAAACGUGGACACAAACAGAACAGAAUGUGUUUGCAGAGAGUAAAUCUGUUAAAUCUGUUUCUGUGUUCAUUUCGACUUUGUGUCUGUUCUUAUGUGUGAACCAACGGGUGACUGUUAGCCUGUGUCCUGAGAAGGAUGUGUGAUCAUUAUGGUGCAUUUUUGGGUGGAAAAAAGAAAGACGAAAAGGGAAAGAAAGCUAGUGGUUCGACAAGAGAAGCAAAAGGGGUUUCUCUGAAAAUCUAAGUAGACUACAGUGCUGUGUGUUUUGUUACAAACUGUUCUUUUUUUCUGUGCUAUAUGACAACUUUGCCUUGAAGAUGUCACCUUCAGAGUGUGAUCCCUUUGACAAAAAUAUUUCUGGAUUAAAGUAACUAAGCUUUUUUACUAGGCUUCAGUUCAUCCAAUAGGUUUGCAGGGAAAACGAAGCAUUUGAGGAUGGCUGGGCCAUCCCGAAAGAUUAUAUUUUGUAGAUUUCUCACAUCAGAUUAGCAUAUAAAUAAUACGCUUGUAAUUUGAUCUAGACUUAAUUAGCUAUGGUCACAUCUGCUUUGCAAGUGCACUCUAAAUUCUGCCUCCAGCACUUGCAUGAAUCCAACGCUGUAACAACAAGGUCACUGAAUGUUGUUUCCACAUGGGUUUGAGUAUCACAGGGUAAAAACUCUAAUUGAUCCUAGCAGACAGCCGGAUUAUUUAAUUUAAUUUUACAUAAGCAGCAGCUUAUAUGUCAAUGUUUAAAGUGCCUGCUUGCACUUUGUAUAUAUUCACUUUUAGAGGUAUUUUACAAAUCAAGUGCAUAGACUUGACAACUUUCUUUUUUGUCACAAGUGUUUUUGCUAUAUUACAUGUUUCUAUAAAGAUUCUUCUUGUAAUAAACAGUGUUAAACAAUUUUAGGGCAAUGAUAUUUCUGUAUUUAUUUAUCAGCCCUAUAGGUGUUUUGAUUGAAUGUGAGGGAGUAAAAUAAAGCAAUAAUGAAACUAUUUUACUAUUUUUGAAAAGAAAAAUGCAAAUUGUAUGCCUGACCCCAUGAAAACUGUAUUUAAAAGUUCUGAUUCUGCUAAGGUGGCUUUCAGUGUGAAUUUUGAUGUUGGCAGCUACAUUAUGCCUACACGGGAAAAAAAAAAAUCAUCGAGUCUGCCAGUUUGUAUGGCUUUUCCAAUCUUGACCUUUUAAGAAUACUUCACUAUGUGCAUAAUCUGAUUUAUGUUACAGUUUUAUGUAUUAGUAAAAUGGAUCAAAUUGCAUUAUUGAUCUCUUUUCUGAUUAGAGAUACGUUCACGGAAAAAUAUUCUCAUUUAGGGAAUUAUAAUAUAUGUAAAAGUUAAGUUUUUUUUUUUUUAUUCAAUGCACAUAUUGAAGAAAGAAUAUAUAUUUUUUCCGGGUGUUUGACAUUGGCUGACUACAUCGAAACAGAACUUAAUGGGCUUGUACGGAACAAUCUGUCCAGAAAAGGGUGUGAGUAAAGGUUUGACUGUGU